UUUCAACUUUUUUCAGUUUCAACUGAGAGUCAAGUGGCAACAAGUUUCGUUUCUGGAUUCUUUCAAACCACAAGGCCUGGGACAUUCGUUUAAUCGUCUUUGAUGUUGUGAUUUUUAAUUUUGACAGAGUUUACAGAUUUAAAUCACGAUGGUUGCUGGAAUGCUGAUGCCCAUGCGGGACCUCAGAGCCAUCUAUGAGGUCCUGUUUAGGGAUGGUGUUAUGGUGGCCAAGAAGGACAAACGGCCUCAGAUCAAGCACCCUGAAAUACAAGAUGUGAGCAACCUGCAAGUAAUCCGUGCAAUGGGCUCUCUGAAGUCCAGAGGCUAUGUCAAGGAGACAUUUGCGUGGAGACACUUCUACUGGUACCUGACCAACGAGGGCAUUGUUUACCUGCGGGACUACCUCCACCUGCCCGCUGAGAUUGUUCCAUCUUCACUGCAGAGGAUCAGGAAGCCAACUGCCACUCUGGCCAUUGCCCACCGUGCUGCACAUGUCCAAUCUGUACAAGGUCCCACGUCUUAUGUUCCCAAACCGGGACGCAGGGGUGAAGCCGAGAGCCAGGAUGCACUGGCCGAGCGUCAAGGCUACCGCCAUAAAAUGAUGGGCUCUGAAGAACGAGAUAAUUAUCCGUAUAAUGUUCCCAGAUUCAGGGGUCGUCCACUGACUGGAGAUCAGGCCACAGCCAAGGCAUCAUUUGAGGCUGAGAAGCAGCAACAGCCUCUUUACAGGAGGGGAACCAACUUCAACAGGGAAUCAAUGAAUGUGCAGGAGAACCAGAUGAAGAGAGUCCCUCUUCAGGAGCCUAAUCUGAGAAACGAGAAGCCAGCAGCAUCUCAAGAGAGGAGAGUAAUGGAGAUCCCAAAGGAGAAGGAGCUGAGCUCUGUUCCUGUUCACACAGUAUCACUGAAGCAGGAUGCAUCAAGGACAACUGUUACAUCCUCUGUAACAGGCCUAUCAUUAUCCGUGGCGGCUGCUGGUGCGGCUGCAGGUGCUAUUGCAUCAAAGGUUCCAGCUAAAUCAUCUUCUACCGAAACAAAUAAAGAAAUAAAUACAAAACCUGCAGGGGUUAGUGUACCUGCUAAACCAUUCAACGAUACACUGAAGCUCAAAUCAGCUCCUACCAUGCAAUCUGCUCAAGAAACCUCCAAAGUCAGCGCCACACCUUUGAGCACCAAACCUGUUGAUAAAGAUGUCAAAGAUGGGAAGCUUGAAAAAGAAAAUGUGCCUGAGGAAUCAAUGAAGUCCACAAAUAUCAAGGCCCAAGCCUCAAUGCACGUGGAAAAACCAGCCAAAGCAGUUCAGGAGGACUUCAAAGUCAAACAUGAAGGCGCCACAAACAAACCAGUGGAGUCCACUGCGGCAGCAGAAGGAAUCCCCAAAGUCCAACUGAAUAAGGAACCAAGUUCUGUUAAAGUGGUCGCAGGGAAUCUUUCAGCAAAGCCUGAAGCUGAUAGGGUUCCUGUGAAAACUACAACUGUAAAGGAGUCCGUAACAAUUGGCGUUAAAACUACCACCAUCACUACGACUGCAUCAGCACCUCAGGCGAGUGCGGCGCAUGGGAACGCUGCAACAGGGGAGGGUACGGUGACACGGCUGGUCACACAACAAGUGAAAACCAUUGUGAUGGAAAUUCCACAUGACAAGAAAAAUGAACCAGUCCUGCAAGAGGAGGUCCCUGCAGUUGCAGUACAGGGGCCUGAAAUAAUCAAAGAAAUCUUCACUUCCACUCUGUCCACAGAAAACGCUGCUAUAACAGAAGCAGUAACAGAUACCAAAGAAGAGGUUGGAGGAAGAUCAAAAUCAAAGAGAAAGAAAAAGAAAUCUCCAGGUGAGAAUGCUGAGGAACCGCCUCAGUCAAGGAUGGAGAUGAAAGAAAUCUCUAAAGAAAAGUCCCCAGAGGGAGUGGCAGAAAAUACCAUCCAACCUACACCUGUUAUUAGUUCAGAGCCUUUAACUGCGUCUACCUCCGUGAAGACAUCAGGCAAAAGUAAGACAGAAGUGAAAUUGGAUAGUAACACCAUCCAAAUUAAAGAAAUCCCCAAACAACCAGAUGAGAAGAAAAGGGAGGAUCUAAAUAAACAAAAGACUGGACCUGAAAAAGCUCUGAUGCCAUUAGAAGAGGUUGCUGCAGCGCCUCUAGUGGAUGUGCAAGAAAAAGAAAAGACUGAUGAGUGCAAGGACAGCAAGGUCACACAGGGACCUGUAUGUCCCAAGGGCGAGGUAAAGGGAAUGUUGCCCCACAUGGAGCCCGCGAAAUCAGAGAAAAUCUAUAACCUUAAAGUGGAAACAAUGACGGAGCAGAAAAUAAGUCAAGUCGGGCUCCGGCAAGUAAAUGCUCAAUCUGCAGAGAAAACCCCUGAGCUGCCGUCAGAGUCUCAGGAACCCGCUGACGAAACUAAAUCCCAGAUAAAUGAAGGAAAACCUGCAGAGGAACCCUCAAAGGGAAAGAAGAAGGGGAAAGGAAAAAAGCAGGUUAAGCAGUCACCAGAAUCAGAAACUAAGAACACAAAGCCCGUCCUUCUGCCUGAAGCAGAAACAUUGCCAUCCACUGGCAUAACAACGCUGCACAAGGCUGAAGUUAGAGACAACCCCGCUGCGGCCUCUAAAAUGACAGAAACUAAAGUUCCUUCAAAGAUGACUCCUGAAAGAAUGUGCAGUGAGGAAGUCAGGCAGGCAGCAGCUGUGCUCUCUGAGGCCCCGGCAGACAAAGGGGAGGUGGAGCCAGCUCGGCUCUCUGCAGAAAAAAUCCAGCGGGAGGUUCCGAAACCAGAAACAUCUUCCACUGUGAGGGAAGCACCCGCAGCCGGAGAAUUAGCGUCAGCAGCACCAGCAGAGGCAGCUGAGGCACAGGCCAGCCUUCUCGUCAGGCAAAGAGAGCCUCCCAUAGUUGCACAACAUUUGGCCAGUCAGGCAGCAGAGCGCAGAACAGACGAAAGGCUCUCUGUUUCCGAGGCCUCAAAGCGGGAGGAAGAGAAGGAGAGGGGACGAGAGGAGGACACACCCUCUGCAACUGCCACACCCAGCGCUCAGCUUCACCAGCCUCACCUGACUGACACCUGUGAGGCCGAGGGACUUGACACAGACGCCAUGAAGAGGAAAAUUGUAGUGGUGGAGGAAAUAGUUGAGGUGAAGCAGCUGAUUAGUUCUGAUGCUGCCGAAGGACAGUCGCCUCCUCCACCUGUGCAGCCGGAGGUGGAAGAGGAGGAACUGGACCUGGAUGUUCUGGAGGCACUGGCCAUAGAGCGAGCUCUGCUGUCAGCGGCGGCGGGGGUCAAGGACCGAGGAGAUUCACCAGAGGCUGAGUGGGACCACUCACUGGACGAGCCGGAGGACAAGACAUGGCCAAACUUUGUUGAAGAUGAACGAGAUCGAGUACAAAAGAAGACCUUCACAAAAUGGGUUAACAAGCACUUGAUAAAGUCACAGCGUCAUGUGACAGAUCUGUAUGAAGACCUUCGAGAUGGACAUAACCUGAUCUCACUGCUGGAGGUCCUCUCUGGAGAAACACUGCCAAGAGAGAAAGGCCGCAUGCGAUUCCACAAACUGCAGAAUGUACAGAUAGCACUGGACUUCCUCAAACACCGGCAGGUCAAGCUGGUGAAUAUCAGAAAUGACGACAUAGCAGAUGGGAACCCCAAGCUGACGCUGGGAUUGAUAUGGACCAUCAUUCUCCACUUCCAGGUCUCCUCUUCUAUCUCAGACAUCCAGAUCAACGGUCAGUCAGAAGACAUGUCGGCCAAGGAGAAGCUGCUCUACUGGUCCCAGAGGAUGAUCGACGGCUACCAGGGCAUCCGCUGCGACAACUUCACCACCAGCUGGAGGGACGGCAAGCUCUUCAACGCCGUCAUCCACAAGCACCACCCGAGACUCAUCGACAUGGGUAAAGUGUACCGACAGACCAACAUGGAGAACCUGGAACAGGCUUUCAGUGUCGCAGAGAAAGACUUGGGGGUGACCCGCCUCCUGGACCCGGAAGAUGUCGACGUCCCACACCCCGACGAGAAAUCCAUCAUCACCUACGUGUCGUCCCUGUAUGACGUCAUGCCUCGCAUCGAUGUCCACGAUGGCGGCCGGAAUAAUGAGCUGGAGCUGCGCUGGCAGGAGUACUACGAGCUGGUGACCAUUCUGCUCCAGUGGAUCCGCCACCACAUCGUCAUCUUCGAGGAGAGAAAAUUCCCCGGCAGCUAUGAAGAAAUAGAGCUUCUUUGGCGCCAAUUCCUCAAGUUCAAAGAGACAGAACUGCCAUCAAAAGAGUCUGACAAGACCCGCUCUAAACACAUCUACCAGUCCUUUGAGAGUGCAGUGCACGCUGGCCAGGUUAAGGUUCCCCCAGGUUACCAUCCCAUUGAUGUGGAGAAGGAGUGGGGUCGACUCCACGUGGCAAUCCUCGAGAGAGAACGACUGCUCCGGAUAGAGUUUGAAAGGCUCGAGAGGCUCCAGAGGAUCUUCAGUAAAGUCCAGAUGGAGUCGGGCUCGUGUGAUCAGCAGCUCAGCCACCUGGAGAACCUGCUGCAGACGGACAUCCGUCUGCUGAAUGCAGGGAAACCGGCUCAGCACACAGCCGAGGUGGAGAAGGAGCUGGACAAGGCAGACAACAUGAUCCGCCUGCUCUUUAACGACGUGCAGAUCCUGAAGGAUGGGCGCCACCCGCAGGCGGAACAGAUGUAUCGCAGGGUUUACCGCCUCCAUGAGCGCCUGGUGAACCUGCGCACCGACUACAACCUCCGUCUGAAGACCGCCGCCUCCACUACCCACGUUUCCAUGAGCCAGCAGCAGAGCAGCGCGAAGAUGCGGCCGGAGAUGGAUGACGUGACGCUGCGCUACGUCCAGGACCUGCUGGCCUGGGUGGAGGAGAACCAGCACCGCAUCGACGAGGCGGAGUGGGGCUCGGAUCUGCCCUCGGUGGAGUCCCAGCUGGGCAGCCACAGAGGCCUGCACCAGACCGUGGAGGACUUUAAAUCCAAGAUUGAGCGGGCCAAGAACGACGAGACCCAAUUGUCUCCUGUCAGUAAAGGCUCGUACAGAGAAUACUUGGGCAAACUGGAUCUGCAGUAUGGAAAACUACUGAACUCCUCCAAGUCCCGCCUGAGAAACUUGGAUUCACUGCACACUUUUGUGGUCUCCGCCACUAAAGAGCUGAUGUGGUUGAAUGACAAAGAAGAAGAAGAGGUCAACUUUGACUGGAGCGACAGGAACAGCAACAUGACGGCCAAGAAAGAUAAUUACUCUGGCCUCAUGCGAGAGCUUGAACUGAGGGAGAGGAAGGUCAACGACAUCCAAGCGAUGGGAGACAAGCUCGUCAGGGACGGGCAUCCUGGGAAAAAGACCGUUGAGGCCUUCACAGCUGCCCUGCAGACUCAGUGGAGCUGGAUCCUGCAGCUGUGCUGCUGUAUUGAGGCUCAUCUCAAAGAAAACACAGCCUACUACCAGUUCUUUGCUGAUGUGAAAGAUGCACAAGACAAGAUGAAGAAAAUACAGGAGAACAUGAAAAAGAAAUACAGCUGUGAUCGCUCCACGACGACCACGCGGCUGGAGGAUCUGCUGCAGGACGCUGUGGAGGAGAGGGAACAGCUGAAUGAAUUUAAGACUUUGGCCACGAGCUUGAACAAGAGAGCCAAGUCCAUCAUCCAGCUGAAGCCCCGCAACCCCACCUUCUCCAUCAAAGGGAAACUGCCCGUUCAGGCUGUCUGUGACUUCAAACAGCAGGAGAUCACUGUCCACAAAGGAGACGAGUGCGCCCUCAUGAACAACUCUCAGCCCUUCAAGUGGAAGGUGCUGAACCGCUCUGGACACGAAGCCGUGGUUCCUUCAGUCUGCUUCCUCGUACCUCCAGUCAACAAAGAUGCUGUGGACAGCGUGUCCAGUCUGGAUACGGGUCAUCAGCAGCUGGUUUCCAUGUGGCAGAUGCUUCACAUCAACAUGAAGAGUCUUCUUUCAUGGCAGUACCUCAUGAAGGAGUUCACACAGAUACGCUCCUGGAACAUCACCAUGCUGAAGACCAUGAAGUCGGAGGAGUACCGGCUGGUCAUGAGGAACCUGGAGCUCCACUACCAGGACUUCAUGCGAGACAGCCAGGACUCGGAGCUCUAUGGCCCCGACGAUCACAAGCAGAUCGAGGAGGACUACAACAAAAGCAUACAGCAUUUCGAGAGCCUGCUUCACUCCAUGGAGAAAGGCCAGCAGGAUGAGACUCUGUGUAAGAACUACAUCUCUGAGGUGAAGGACCUGCGUCUGCGCAUCGAGGACUGUGAGGCCAAGACUGUGUCCCGCAUCCGCAAACACAUGGAGAAAGAGCCUCUGAAAGAAUGUGCCCAGAAAACCACCGAUCAGAAGAAAGUCCAGGGAGAGCUCGACAUCAUCAAAAAGGACCUUGAUAAGGUCUCUGUGAAGUCGCAGCAGGUCCUGGCCUCCUCCCAGCAAUCCCCCUCAGCUCCUGUGCUGCGCUCCGAGCUUGAGGUCACCGUGAAGAAGAUGGACCAUACCCACAUGCUCUCCUCCGUUUAUCUGGAGAAGCUGAAGACCGUGGAGAUGGUUAUCCGUAACACACAGGGGGCCGAGGGAGUGGUAAAACAGUACGAGGACUGUCUACGGGAAGUUCACACCGUUCCCAGUGAUGUCAAAGAAGUAGAGUCAUACAGAACUAAGCUCAAGAAAAUGCGAGCCGAGGCGGAGGGAGAGCAGCCAGUGUUCGACUCCCUGGAAGAGGAGGUGAAGAAAGCCUCUGCCGUGAGUGACAGGAUGUCCCGCGUGCACAGCGAGCGCGAUGCCGAGCUGGACCACUACCGGCAGCUGAUGUCCAACCUCCAGGACCGCUGGAAGGCCGUGUUCCAGCAGAUCGACCUCCGCCAGAGAGAGCUGGAGCAGCUGGGUCGCCAGGUGGGUUACUACCGCGAGAGCUACGACUGGCUGAUCCGCUGGAUUGCCGACGCCAAGGAGAGGCAGGAGAAGAUCCAGGCUGUGCCCAUCACCAACAGCCAGGCUCUCAAGGACCAGCUUUCCCAGGAGAAGAAACUUCUGGAGGAGAUUGAAAAGAACAAAGACAAAGUUGACGAGUGUCAAAAGUACGCUAAAGCAUACAUCGAUACCAUAAAGGACUACGAACUCCAGUUGGUGGCCUACCGAGCUCAGGUGGAGCCUCAUGCUGCUCCCCUGAAGAAAACCAAGAUGGAUUCUGCUUCAGACAACAUCAUUCAGGAGUAUGUAAAUCUGAGGACCCGCUACAGUGAGCUGAUGACUCUGACUAGUCAGUACAUCAAGUUCAUCACCGACACACAGCGCCGCCUGGAGGAUGAGGAGAAAGCUGCACAGAAACUCAAAGCAGAAGAGCAGAAAAAGAUGGCCGAGAUGCAGGCCGAGUUAGACAAACAGAAGCAGUUAGCUGAAGCUCAAGCGAAGGCUGUUGCUAAAGCCGAGAAAGAGGCUCAAGAGCUCAAGCUCAGAAUGCAGCAAGAAGUAAGCAGGAGAGAAACGGCUGCUGUAGAUGCCGAGAAGCAGAAGCAAAACAUUCAGCUGGAGCUGCACGAACUCAAAAACCUCUCAGAGCAGCAGAUUAAGGACAAAAGUCAGCAGGUGGACGAAGCCCAGAAAAGCCGCACCAAGAUCGAGGAGGAAAUCCGUAUCGUCAGGAUACAGCUCGAGACGACCGUGAAACAAAAGUCCACGGCCGAGUCCGAGCUCACACAGCUCCGCGAAAGGGCAGCUAAAGCUGAGAAACUUAGAAAGGCCGCCCAGGAAGAGGCUGAGAAGCUCCGUAAACAAGUUCAUGAAGAGACUCAGAAUAAACACGCGGCAGAAGAGGAACUCAAACUUAAAUGCGAGGCCGAAAAGGAAGCGGCUAAACAGAAGCAAAUAGCUCUUGAAGACCUUGAAAACCUCAAGAGGCAGGCCGAAGAAGCCGAGAGGCAAGUCAAACAGGCCGAGGUUGAAAAGGAAAGGCAAAUCAAAGUGGCUCAUGUGGCGGCUCAGAAGAGCGCCGCCGCUGAGCUCCAAAGCAAACACCUGUCUUUCGUGGAAAAGACGUCAAAGUUGGAAGAAUCGCUCAAGCAAGAGCACGGCGCCGUCCUUCAGCUGCAACAGGAAGCGACUCGUCUCAAGAAACAACAGGAGGAUGCAGAAAAUGCCAGAGAAGAGGCAGAGAAAGAGCUUGAGAAAUGGAGGCAGAAAGCUAACGAGGCCCUUCGCCUGAGACUCCAAGCUGAAGAAGAAGCACACAAAAAGAGCCUUGCCCAAGAGGACGCUGAGAAACAGAAGGAGGAUGCCGAGCGCGAGGCUAAGAAGAGAUCCAAAGCCGAAGAGUCAGCCCUGAAGCAGAAGGAUAUGGCCGAGAAAGAACUGGAGAGGCAGAGGAAGCUAGCCGAGAGCACGGCGUCGCAGAAGCUCACCGCAGAACAGGAGCUCAUUCGACUCCGGGCAGACUUUGACAACGCAGAGCAACAGAGAUCCCUCCUCGAAGACGAACUUUACCGCCUGAAGAAUGAAGUCGCUGCAGCUCAGCAGCAACGGAAACAGCUGGAAGAUGAGCUGGCCAAGGUGCGCAGUGAAAUGGAUGUCCUCGUCCAAAUGAAGUACAACGCAGAAAAGGAAUCCAUGUCCAACACUGAGAAGAGCAAACAGCUUCUCGAGGCAGAAGCCGCCAAGAUGAGGGACCUUGCCGAGGAGGCGAGCAAGCUUCGCGCCAUCGCCGAGGAGGCCAAGCAUCAGCGGCAAAUCGCAGAGGACGAAGCUGCUCGUCAGAGAGCCGAGGCCGAGAGGAUUCUCAAGGAGAAGCUCACUGCAAUCAGUGAUGCCACUCGACAGAAAACGGAGGCUGAAAUUGCCCUGAAGGAAAAAGAGGCUGAAAACGAGAGACUCCGAAGGCAAGCUGAGGAUGAGGCUUAUCAGAGAAAGGCCCUGGAAGAUCAGGCCAACCAGCACAAGCAAGACAUUGCAGCAAAGAUAGAUAAGCUCAAAAAGUCUUCUGAGGCUGAAAUGGACAGGCAGAGGGCACUGGUGGACGAUACGCUCAAACAGAGGCGGGCGGUUGAAGAAGAAAUCCGAAUCCUUAAGCUCAACUUUGAAAAGGCCUCCACAGGAAAACUCGAUCUGGAGCUUGAACUGAACAAGCUGAAGAAUAUUGCCGAGGAAACUCAACAAAGCAAGCUCAGAGCAGAAGAUGAAGCAGAGAAACUCCGGAAGCUUGCCCUAGAGGAGGAGAAUAGGAGGAGGGAAGCCGAAGAAAAGGUCAAGAAGAUUGCUGCUGCUGAGGAAGAGGCGGCCAGACAACGCAAAGCCGCCCUCGAGGAGCUUGCGCGCCUGAAAAAGCGAGCCGAAGAAGCCAGGAAGCAGAAAGAACAGGCCGACGAGGAAGCAGAAAAACAGAUUGUUGCAGCCCAACAAGCAGCUCAGAAAUGCAAUGCCGCCGAGCAUCAAGUCCAGAGCGUCCUCGCUCAACAAAAGGAGGACAGCAAAAUGCAGCAGAAGCUCAAAGAAGAGUACGAGAAGGCCAAGAGGCUUGCCAAAGAGGCAGAAGCUGCCAGGGAGAAGGCAGAAAGGGAGGCAGCUCUCCUUCGUCAACAGGCAGAAGACGCAGAGCGACAAAAAGCUGCUGCCGAACAAGAAGCUGCUGACCAGGCCAAAGCUCAGGAGGAUGCAGAGCGGUUGAGGAAAGAGGCCGAGUUUGAAGCUGCUAAGCUAGCACAAGCAGAAGCGGCAGCACUCAAGCAGAAACAGCAAGCUGAUGCUGAAAUGGCAAAGCACAAAAAACUGGCCGAGCAAACGUUAAAGCAAAAGUUCCAAGUGGAGCAAGAGCUCACAAAGGUUAAGCUUAAGCUUGACGAGACGGAUAAACAGAAAUCGGUCCUGGAUGACGAGCUGCAGCGCCUCAAGGACGAGGUUGACGAUGCCGUCAAACAAAGGGGCCAAGUGGAGGAGGAGCUGUUCAAAGUCAAGGUUCAGAUGGAGGAACUAAUCAAAAUGAAGAUCAGGAUUGAGGAGGAAAACCAGCGCCUCAUCAAAAAAGACAAAGAUAACACGCAAAAGUUCCUCGCAGAGGAGGCUGAGAAUAUGAAAAACCUUGCGGAGGACGCGGCCAGGCUUAGCGUUGAGGCUCAAGAGGCCGCACGCUUGCGGCAGAUCGCAGAAGACGACCUCAAUCAGCAAAGAGCGCUAGCAGAAAAGAUGCUCAAGGAGAAAAUGCAGGCCAUACAAGAAGCCUCCAGACUCAGAGCUGAGGCCGACGUGCUCCAAAAGCAGAAAGACCGGGCUCAGGAGCAGGCGCAGAAGCUUAUGGAGGAUAAACAACAGAUGCAGCAGCGUCUCGAGGAGGAAACAGAGGAGUACCAGCGCUCACUUGAAGCAGAGAGGAAAAGGCAAUUGGAGAUCGUAGCCGAAGCGGAGAAACUGAAACUUCAGGUUUCUCAGCUCAGUGAAGCGCGGACCAAAGCUGAAGAAGAAGCUAAGAAGUUCAGGAAACAGGCCGACACGGUCGCGGCACGUCUUCACGAGACUGAAAUUGCCACCAAAGAAAAAAUGACUACAGUCGAAAAACUGGAAAUCCAGAGACUAAAUACCAGUAAAGAAGCUGAGGACUUGCGCAGAGCUAUUGCAGACCUAGAGAACGAGAAGGCUAGACUGAAAGAGGAGGCUGAGGAACUUCAAAAUAAGUCCAAAGAGAUGGCUGAUGCACAACAGAAACAAAUCGAGCACGAGAAGACAGUGCUCCAACAGACAUUCCUGACAGAAAAGGAGAUGCUCCUGAAGAAGGAGAAGCUCAUUGAAGAUGAGAAAAAGAGGCUGGAGAGCCAGUUUGAAGAGGAAGUAAGAAAGGCAAAGGCUCUCAAAGAUGAACAGGAACGGCAGAAACAGCAAAUGGAGGAAGAGAAGAGGAAACUACAGGCCACCAUGGAUGCAGCACUUAGCAAACAGAAAGAAGCUGAGCAGGAAAUGCUCAACAGACAAAAAGAAAUGGAAGAACUGGAGAGGAUAAGAUUAGAGCAGGAGAAGACUCUUGCAGAUGAGAACCAGAAAUUGCGAGAGAAACUGCAACAGCUUGAGGAGGCCCAGAAAGAACAGCACACUGAUGUCUCAGAAAAACAACUCAUCCAAGUAACUAUGGUUGAUACAACAAAGAAAGUUUACAAUGGUCAAGGUGCUGGUGAUAUGGUAGAUGAUGACCCAUUAGCUUUUGAUGGCAUCCGUAACAAGGUGCCUGCAAGCAGACUUCAUGACCUUGGUCUUUUGUCCAAGAAGCAGUUUGAAAAGCUGAAAAAGGGUAAAACAACCGUGCAAGAGCUUGGUGAGACUGAAAAUCUGAAAAGAAUUCUCAAAGGAAAGAAUGCUAUUGCUGGUGUUUUGACACCAACUAAUCAAAAAAUGUCAAUCUAUCAAGCAUCCAAAGAAAAGAAGAUCACUCCUGGGACAGCCCUGAUCCUUCUUGAAGCCCAGGCAGCCACAGGAUACAUAUUAGACCCCAUCAAUAAGAACAGACUUUGUGUUAAUGAGGCUGUAAAGGAAGGCUUGAUUGGCCCUGAACUUCACAACAAAAUGCUUUCAGCUGAGAGAGCUGUUGUUGGCUACAAAGACCCAUACACUGAUGGAAAGAUCUCCGUCUUUGAAGCCAUGAAGAAGGGACUGAUAGAACAUGAUCAUGCCAUCAGAAUCCUUGAAGCUCAACUUGCUACCGGUGGCAUCAUUGACCCAAUCAACAGUCACCGUGUACCCAAUGAAACUGCCUACAAGCAAGGACAGUAUGAUGCAGAAAUGAAUAAAAUUAUGGAGAAACCUUCUGAUGACCGAAAGGGAUAUUUUGACCCCAGCACUCAGGAACCUCUGACAUAUUCUGAGCUUAUGGCGAGGUGCAGUGCUGACCCAGAAACCGGUCUGUUAAUCCUGCCAAUCACAGACAAAGCUGCUCAGUGCUCCAGUAUUUACACUGAAGAAGAAACCAAAGAUGUGUUUAGCAAAACAACUGUCUCUUUACCAUUUGGAAGAUUCAAGGGACAAACUGUCACAAUUUGGGAGAUAAUAAAUUCUGAAUACUUCACUGAAGAUCAGAAGAAAGACCUUCUCCGUCAGUACAAGACAGGCAAAAUCACAAUCGAAAAGAUCAUCAAGAUAGUGAUCACUGUGGCUGAGGAGAAGGAGAAGAAGAACGAGAUUACCUUUGAUGGUCUGAGGACAACUGUCCCAGCCAGUGAGCUCCUGGACUCCAGAGUCAUUGAUAAAGAUUUGUACAACAAACUGCACAAGGGAAAUAUAUCAGUCAAAGAGGUUUCUGAAAUGGAGCCCGUCCAUAAGGCACUGAGGGGCACAAACUGCAUUGCUGGUGUAAUCAUUAACUCCUCCAAAGAUACAAUGUCCUUUUAUCAAGCUAUGAAGAGGGACAUGGUUAGACCUGGGCUUGCCUUAAAAAUGCUUGAAGCACAAGCAGGGACAGGGUACAUGGUUGACCCAGUUCAAAAUCAAAAAUACACUGUUGAUGAGGCUGUCAAGGCAGGUGUUGUCGGUCCUGAGCUCCAUGAAAAGCUCCUGUCCGCAGAGAGAGCUGUUACGGGUUACAAAGAUCCCUACACUGGAAAGACUGUAUCCCUCUUCCAGGCAAUGAAAAAAGAUCUCAUUCCAAAAGAACAAGGCAUACGAUUGCUCGAUGCCCAAAUGACCACUGGUGGCAUCAUUGAUCCAGUAAAGAGCCAUCAUAUACCUCAUGAUGUGGCUUGCAAGAGGAAUUACUUUGAUGAGGAAAUGAAACAGUCUCUGAGCAGCCCAAAUAAAGAUACCCAAUGUUUUGUUGACCCAAACACAAAGGAGAAUGUCACAUACUCACAGCUUCUCAAGAGAUGUGUCACUGACAAGAAAACUGGUCUCCCACUCCUACCUCUUUCUGAUGAAGCAAUCAAUGAUAAGGAGGAGUCAAAAUACACUGAAGCUCAGACAAGAGAGGCUAUGACUCAGGCAACUUUGGAGCUUGAUUCAGGACCGUUUAAGGGCAGGAAGGUGACCCUGUGGGAAAUUAUCCACUCUGAGUACCUCACUGAAGAACAGAGGCUAGACCUGCUCAGACAGUUUAGGUCAGGAAAGAUUACAAUUGAAAAGAUUAUUAAGAUUGUCAUCACAAUUUUGGAAGAGAAAGAAGCCGAAAAACAGGAAGCGUCCAGCUUCAAGGGACUCAGGGCUCUUGUCCCAGCAAAGUCCCUGUUUGAUUCCAAAAUUAUUGACAAACCAACCUUUGAUCUCAUUCACCAAGGCAAAACAACACCGAAACAAGUCAGUGAAAAUCCAGACGUCAGUAAAUACCUCCAGGGAACUGAAAGCAUUGGCGGCAUUUACCUAGAAUCAUCAAAGGAUAAAAUCAGCAUUUAUCAAGCUAUGAAGAAAAAGCUCCUCAGACACAACACUGGCCUUUCACUUCUUGAAGCCCAGGCUGCAACCGGGUUCAUUGUAGAUCCAGUGAGAAACCAGUGCCUGUCGGUAGAUGAGGCAGUAAAGUCAGGCAUCGUUGGUCCUGAGCUGCAUGAAAAACUGCUCUCUGCAGAAAAGGCUGUCACUGGCUAUAAAGAUCCAUUCACAGGAAAGAAAAUUUCCCUCUUUGAAGCAAUGCAAAAGGAUCUCAUCCUGAAAGAACAUGCCAUGCCACUGUUAGAAGCACAGAUGGUCAGUGGAGGAAUCAUUGACCCUGCAAACAGCCACCGUGUCCCCAUUGAUGUUGCAUAUCAGAGAAAGAUUUUCAGUCAAGAAAUUGCCAAUACUCUGUCUGAAUCAUCUGAUGAUAAUAAAGCUUUCUCAGAUCCAGAAACUGAUGAGAAUGCAACCUACAAGCAGCUUAAAGACAAAUGCAGAAGAGACUCAGACACAGGCCUGUACUUCCUACCACUCUCCAAGCCUCAGUCUCCAACUGUUGUGGAGAAGACGUACCUGUAUACAGAAGAACAAACUCAGAGUGAUCUGGCCAACACCCAAAUUGACAUUCCAAUUGAAGGCCUUGCUGACAAGCCAACAAAUCUGUGGGAUAUCAUGAAUUCCAAUUUGAUUCCAGAAGGAGAGAGGCAGAGAAUCAUGGAUGAAUACCGCUCUGGUAAAAUCACUACAGAGCGGAUGAUAAUCAUCAUUAUUGAGAUAAUGGAACAAAGGGAGAUCAUCUUAAAUGACAAUCCACUGUCAUAUAAGACUAUAAGGAGAAGGAUAACUAUUGAGGAGCUCUACAAUGCUCGCAUCAUUGACUUGGAGACAUACAACCUGCUUAAACAGGGCAAGAGAAAUAUCCGUGACAUAAUGGAGCUUACAAGUGUGAAACAGUAUCUCUAUGGCACAGGCUGUGUUGCUGGGGUCACAACAGAGUCAAGCACCAAGAUAAGCAUUUACCAAGCAAUGAAGAGAGGUUUUAUUAACCCUGAAAUAGGUCUCAGUCUACUAGAAGCACAAGCAGCAACAGGCUUCAUUGUUGAUCCAGUGAAGAAUGAGACGCUCACUGUUGAUGAAGCUGUUCGUAAGGGUGUUGUUGGACCUGAGAUCCACGAUAAACUUCUUUCAGCUGAAAGAGCUGUCACCGGAUACAAAGACCCAUACAGUGGUAAAAUCAUCUCUCUAUUCCAGGCCAUGAAAAAAGAUCUUGUUCCAGAAGAUUAUGCCCUGAAAAUGUUGGAGGCACAAACUGCCACUGGAGGCAUUAUUGAUCCAGAGUUCCAGUUCCACCUGCCAGCAGACGUUGCCUUGCAAAGAGGUUAUAUGAACAAAGAAACAAAUGAGAGGUUGAGUGAAGAUGUCCAAGGGUUCACAGAUCCUGUUAAUGAUGAGAAACUGUCAUAUGCUCAGCUACUAAAGAGAUGCAAACUAGAGGGUGGAUUGCGUCUCCUUUCCCUGGGAGACAAGAGACUGACAUUCAAGGGUCUGAGAAAACAGAUCACAAUGGAGGAGCUGGUUCGCUCACAAAUUAUUGACCAGCAGACUGUCACUCAACUAAAUGAAGGUCUCCUUUCAGUGGAAGAAGUUAGCACUAGACUGUCAAGGUACCUUGAGGGCACUGGCUGUAUUGCUGGUGUAUUUUUGGAGAACACCAAAGAACGUCUAUCAAUAUACCAGGCCAUGAAAAAGAACAUGAUUAGGCCAGGCACUGCAUUUGAGCUCCUUGAGUCCCAGGCAGCCACAGGGUAUGUCAUUGAUCCAAUUAAGAACCUCAAAUUGACCGUCAAUGAAUCAGUAAAGAUGGGAAUUGUAGGUCCAGAAUUCAAAGACAAGCUUCUCUCUGCUGAGCGAGCAGUCACUGGAUACAGAGAUCCUUAUUCAGGAAAGACAAUCUCCUUGUUCCAGGCCAUGAAAAAGGGGCUUAUCCUGAAAGAUCAUGGUAUCCGUCUCCUUGAAGCCCAGAUUGCCACUGGCGGAAUCAUUGACCCAGAGGAAAGUCAUCGUCUUCCAGUUGAGGUGGCUUACAAGCGUGGCUUCUUUGACGAAGAAAUGAACGAGAUCCUGUCAGAUCCAUCUGAUGACACCAAAGGCUUCUUUGAUCCUAACACUGAAGAAAAUCUAACUUACCUUCAGCUGAUGGAGAGGUGUAUCACUGAUCCUGACACUGGCCUGGUGCUACUGCUACUGAAAGAAAAGAACCGGGAAAGGAAGACCUCCUCCAAAUCAUCAGUUCGUAAACGCAGAGUUGUCAUUGUAGAUCCAGAGACAGGCAAAGAAAUGUCUGUGUAUGAGGCCUACAGGAAGGGACUCAUUGAUCACCAAACCUACCUGGAGCUUUCUGAGCAGGAGUGUGAAUGGGAGGAGAUCACAAUGACUGCCUCUGAUGGCACUGUAAAAUCCCUAAUCAUUGACAGAAGGUCGGGCAGACAGUAUGAUGUUGAUGAUGCUCUUGCACGUGGACUCAUUGACCAGAAUUCUCUUGAUACAUACCGAUCUGGAAACCUGUCAAUCACAGAGUUUGCUGACAUGCUUUCUGGAAACAUGGGUGGCUUCCGCUCACGCACAUCCUCAUUUGGUUCAACCGCUGGUUCCACUUACUCCUCUCCAAUGAGUCCCAUACCCUCCAUUAAACCACCUGCAGUCAUAUGGAAUGACCCGACAGAGGUGACUGUACCCAUAGCAGGAAUAUUGGACAUAGACACACUGGAAAAAAUCUCUGUCACUGAGGCAAUGCACAGAAGCCUGGUAGACAAUAUCACAGGCCAAAGAUUGUUGGAGGCCCAAGCCUGCACUGGGGGAAUUAUUGAUCCCAUCAGUGGAGAGAGAUUCCCAGUUGCUGAGGCUACAGAGAAAGGUCUGGUAGAUAAAGUCAUGGUGGAUCGCCUCAAUUUGGCUUUCAAAGCUUUCAAUGGAUUUGAAGACACCAGAACUAAAGUAAAGAUGUCUGCUUCCCAGGCCCUAAAGAAGGGCUGGCUGUAUUAUGAGGCUGGCCAACGUUUUCUGGAGGUUCAGUAUCUAACCGGUGGGCUCAUUGAACCUGAUGUUGAGGGUAGAAUACCCCUAGAUGAAUCCAUCAGGAAAGGAUCAAUCGAUGCCCGCACUGCCCAGAAACUGAGAGAUGUCAAUGCCUAUUCAAAAUAUCUAACAUGUCCAAAAACCAAAUUGAAAAUCUCUUUCAAACAUGCCAUGGACAAAAGCAUGGUUGAGGAAGGAUCUGGCCUGCGGCUUCUGGAAGCCUCUUCACAAUCUAGCAAAGGCCUCUACAGUCCCUACAAUGCCAGUGGCUCUGGAUCUGCAUAUGGCUCUCGAACUGGCUCAAGGACCGGAUCCCGAACAGGCUCCAGGAGAGGCAGCUUUGAUGCUGGCUCUGGCUUUAGCAUGAACUUCUCAUCCUCCUCUGUCACAUCCUCAUCUAGCUACAGUCGCAGAUAUUAAUUAGCUAGUUCUAUUCCUAAUAACUUGCGGCUAAGAACCAACAUUACUAAUGCACUUUACAGUUGCAUUUCUAACAGGAAAAAAAAAAUAUUUACAUUAACAAGCAAAACAUAAUUUAUUUAUUCUUCAUUGCAUGUGGUCACAACAAAAAUUACAUAGGUCAUUAAUUUCUUUUCCACAUAUAGCAUCUGUGUAAACAUGUGCCUCUUAUAUGAGGACAUAACGCAUUGCUACAUUGUUAAAAAUGCAUUUUCUGUAGAACAGAUUACCUAAUCAAAUCAUACUUUCAAAGCAAAGCAUGAUAUUUCAGCUGUUUUUAAGUGACUAUAUGAUUUCAUCUUUACACCUGUUCAAAAGAUGUACACUAGUGCUUUCUAAAACUAAUAUAUAUACUUUAUUACGUCAAAAUUAUUUUUCCAGUAUUCCUUGUUUCCUUUGAAAUUCAAGAAUAAUUGUCUAUUUUCUAACAUUUUUGACAGCAGUAAUAAUGUCAACAUAGUUCUAAUGUUUUAACCUAAAACAUAUAGAUGCCUUUAAAACAUUUGAAUGUUUGUAUAGAGUAUCGAGAGAAGACAUGUUAAUGUUUUUAUGUUAUAUGUUGCCUGGGUAACUGUAAACUGUACCCAGUAAAUUGCAGCACAGAUUACAUCUGUAAAACACUAUAAACUGAAACACUACUAGAGCGCUACAUUGAAAGAAGUGCCAACAUUACAAUUAUGCUGCCUGGUGUGAGGCUAGCUUCACAUCCGUCACCACUUACGGCCAUUUAUAUUCAGUGGACAUGUUAAUUGCAUCAUUGUUUUUACACACUCCAAAUUUUGGAUUGCUCAUAUUCUCCAUCAACCAAGUGCUCCUGCUAAAUCCCAAGAUGAUGUCAGACUCGAUCCUGCCUCCCCCUCACAGACCUGCCGCCUGUUGUUUUGAUGCUUCUUCCUGAGUUGCUCAGAGUCCAGCAGGUGAUUACAGAUACUCAGUCGGCCGCAGCGUUCGACUUCCCAGCUCUGGACGGAUUUCUGAGCCGUCAUGCAGCGAAACAGAUCGGCCUUUGAGUAUCUCCUUUUUUCCAUUGUGCAUCACAUUUGAGGGAAGCAGAGACCGAGGCAACUUCAUCUUGGGAUUCUUUUUUAAGAAAACUUUUUUUUUCCACAAUUUUAUAACAUCAAUGAUAUUUAUCCCGUAAGAAUUUCUUGAUGCUUAGACUCGAUAUGCUGUAUCUCUGCAUCAACAUCUUUUGUUUCAAACUGGGACACUCCAGUACAUUUUAAGUCAAUUAUUCCACUGAGUAUAUUUUAUUUACUCUCUGACUGUUCAACCAAAGCACCUAUGACAGAAAUUUGGAUUGCAUGAAUGUAUGUAUUAUAUCAAAUUCACUCUGUUCAGUUAUUGUUUUGCCACAGAUUUCCAUAACACCUGAAAACAGCUACAACCUUUCAUUUGCUUUUUUUGUUGUUGUUGUUGUUUUUUUUUUCACAUGCGAUAUUUCUGUUUUGCAUCUCUGUACACCUUUAAGUUGUUUUCAUCAUGUUUUUGAUAUCAUUAAUUUGUUUGCAUGUUUAACUAAUUUUACAAAACACAUGGAGGGGUUGCGGUAGUCAUGUAAAAUAAAAAUCAUUUAAUUUUUAGCAUCACAAACUGUUUGGAUUUGCUUUUGGACAAAUGUUGCCUUAAAUGCUAUAGUAAGGAUUCUAUUGUAUGUGAACCUAACACUACAUGUAAAUAAAUAUGCUCUGAACAGA